AUGGAAAAGUCUAAUCAUCCAAAGGCUGAAUACAUUGCUGUUCCUACGGAGGAAGCAAUGGUGUAUGAAGAGCAGCCCAAGAGAUGUAACGCUAAGCGCUUUAUCGUGUUCUUUCUGAAAGGUCUUCUUGGAGCCCUUGUCCUUCUUACCUUGGUUAUUCCUGGCAUUGUUCAUCUUUCUCAAAGAAUAUUUGGAUCUGAAACAGAAUAUGUUGAAAUCAUGCCUUAUGAUUCUUUCAAUCCAAACGUUCCAGAAUUGCGCGAGCCUUGCUUUUUAAGACAUAAUGAUGAUUAUGCUGAAUUGAAUGAAUUCAUGGAUGAGUUACACCAAACAAUGGGCCCACUUCCAUUACCAUCUAGAGGCUCCCACCACCAGCAUCGUCAUCAUCGUCAUGGAAAACAUCAUCCAGCACCACCUGAAGAUGAAAGACUUGAUUUUGAUGAUGCACCUACUGAUAUUCUUCAACUUUCUAAAGAUCUCAAAUUUGAUAAUAAAAAGGAAAAGCAUCCCUGGAAGCCAUUCUGUAAGCUUCAUAAACUUGAAGCUGAAUCUACGGUAUUUGCUUUCAAGACUGACGACUACAAAAAGGCCAAGUUCUUCUUGAACGGCCACUUUAACCGCGGAGGACAUGUUCGUGUUUCCAAGUCGAAGGAUGCCUCUGUUGACUUUGUCAAGGUGAAUGUUACCAUUUAUGCUGGCCGUUCUGAACUCCAUUCUGAGGCUCAAAUUUCGGCAUUUGAGCAUGAAGGUGACUACGUCGUUCAAUUGGAACGCGAUCCCAAGCAUCCCCCUCCUCCUUUCCCAUUCCCUCCUCCUCAUCAUCAUCAUCGCCAUCACAAGCCCAAGCAGGAGGACUGUCUGGUUUAUAGCGUCGAUAUCGAGUUCCCUCAAAACACAGAGUACUAUGAGGAACUUCAAUUCCACGUUAAACAAACUCAACGUAUCGAAGGUGGUCACGGUAUUGAAGAGAUCUCAUUUGGUACCAUUAAGGCUGGUUUAGGCCGCGGUGCCAUCAUUUUUGAUGGAUUAAAAGCCAAGACGAUCAAGCUUGGCGUUUUACGCGGUGUUGUCAUGGGUAAUUACCAACCUGAGGGUAAGUUCUUGGCAGGUUCCGUUCACGGUGCUACAAAGGUUAAGCUCGAGCCAACCGGAGAACACUUUAAUGUCACUGCUGCUUCCACUUUUGGACCCGCUUCGGUUGAUCUUCCUGCUGAUAGCUUUUCUGGUGAUUUCGGUUUAUUCCACUUCUUUGGUCCUGCUCCUACCAUUGAAGCACCUAACCCUGAAGACAUCCAUGUUACCAAACUAAAGCAUGGUGUCAAGGCUGGUUAUUACAAGGAAGAACAUACAGGAUCUCGUGUGAUCAUCUCUGCCAAAUUCCAUGGAGCUCCUGCUCUCUAUUUGAAUUAA